AUGACGUGCGCGUCCUGUUCAACUGCGGUUACGCAUGCCCUCACAGACUUGCCUGGCGUGUCCGAUGUAGCCGUCAACCUUCUCGGUAAUUCUGCGACGCUCAAUGUGGCCAGCGCUGACCUCGUCCCUUCUGUCGCCGAGACCGUCGAGGACAUCGGCUACGAGGCAGAGGUCAUCAGCGUCGAACCGUUGUAUGUCCCUCCCGCUCAGAAGGUCGCGCAUGCGGCUGAAGCGGAGGGUCCGCAGCGAGUGACGCUGUCCGUCGGUGGCAUGACCUGCGCCGCAUGCUUGAACACGGUGACCGACGUGCUUAAAGGCCUACCUGGUGUGACCGACCCCAUGGUCAACCUGCUCGGCGCGUCGGCUACGUUGGUGGUCGGGAGCAAGGAUAUCACUCCACAAGUUGUUGAAGCCAUCGAGGACGCUGGGUACGAGGCAGAGGUCAUCAGCACCGAGCCUGUCAACUCCGAGAACGACAAGGCGCUAGAAGUGGGUCCGCGCACAGUAGCUCUCCGUGUAGACGGCAUGUUUUGCGGUCACUGCCCAGAGAAGGUGAUGAAUGCCGUUUCCUCACUCGGCGACAAGGUCACUAUUCUCAAGCCUAUCACCGACCACACCGACCCCGUCCUGCGCAUAUCCUAUGUUCCAUCUUCUCCUACCUUCACCUUGCGCCACAUCAUUCAGCGCAUCUCGUCCGCGCCUUCCCCCGACGGAACACCGUUCGUUGCAUCCGUUCAUCACCCACCUUCGCUCGAGGACCGUGCAAGGCGCAUGCAAGAACGCGAGCAGAGGCAACUGCUGGAGCGUCUGGUGUUUGCCGUCAUCGCUGCAAUACCCACUUUCAUCAUCGGCAUUGUCCUUAUGGACCUCCUCCCGAUAAGUCGUGACGGGCGGAUGUGGGUCAUGGCGCCUAUCUGGACGGGCAACACCUCGAGGGCGUCGUGGGCACUGUUCUUCUGUGCAACGCCGGUCAUGUUCUACAGCGCCGGAACGUUCCAUCGCAGGAGUAUGAAGGAGAUCUGGGCACUCUGGAAGCCUGGUAGUCGAACGCCUGUGUGGAGGAGAUUCGUCAGAUUCGGUAGCAUGAACCUUCUGGUAUCUACUGGAGUCUCCGUCGCGUACUUCGCGUCUAUCGCAUUAUUAGCACUGGCUGCUGCACAGCCCGUGUCCACUUCAGGGAUGGGCGACACAACUACGUACUUCGAUUCGGUAGUGUUCCUCACGAUGUUCCUGCUCAUUGGUCGAUUCCUGGAGGCGUACAGCAAAGGACGCACUGCCGACGCAAUAACCGCGCUUGGCAAGCUGCGACCUACGUUCGCCCUCAUUGUCAUCCCAGUGUCUGAGGCGAGGGAAGACAGAAACCCGUCACCCGAUAGCUCGACGCUCGGUGAUGUCGACCUCGAGAAAGGCGACGUCAGUCGAGAAGACGCAGACGCGUCCAAAGCUUCCGGGACGAAGAUCGAGAGGAUUGACGCCGAGCUUCUCGAGGUCGGAGAUGUCGUCCGAGUACAGCAUGGAGGAAGCCCUCCAGCAGACGGAACCAUUGUCACUGGCGACAGUGGCGCAUUCGAUGAAAGCUCCCUCACCGGAGAGUCGAGACUGGUCAAGAAGCAGGUCGGCGACGAUAUCUUCCUUGGUACGAUCAACAAGGGAGGUGUUGUGGAUGUGAGGGUCGACGCGAUUGGCGGCGAGACGAUGCUUGACCACGUCGUCAAGGUCGUCCGCGAAGGGCAGACCCGCCGCGCGCCCAUCGAGCGCGUCGCCGACAUGAUCACUGGCUACUUCGUCCCUGUCGUAACUCUCCUAGCCAUCAUCACCUGGGUCGUUUGGCUUGGCCUCGGACUAGGCGGCGCACUACCUCCGAGCUAUCUAGACAUUGACAUCGGUGGUUGGGUGGUAUGGUCGCUGGAAUUCGCGAUCUCCGUAUUUGUCGUCGCGUGCCCAUGCGGGAUCGGGCUUGCGGCGCCCACGGCCCUACUGGUCGGUUCGGGCCUUGCCGCGAAGUACGGCAUUCUCGCCCGCGGUGGAGGAGAGGCUUUCCAGGAGGCCGCUCAGCUCGACAUCGUCGUGUUCGACAAGACUGGUACCCUCACCGAGGGCGGCGAACCGAAGGUGACAGACGCCGAGAUCGUCGAGCGCGAGGGAUCGAGAUGGACGCGUGAUGUCAUUCUUGGUAUCGCGGCAGAAGUCGAGUCUGCGAGCUCGCAUCCACUGGCGACUGCUAUUCGACAGCAUUGCUUGGACAACGCAGCAUCGCCUCAGAGCGGUUCUGCCUUCGACGAGACCCCUGGACGAGGUCUGAAAGCCGAGUUCGGUUCACUCAAGUGCUCUGCCAUCAUCGGCAACGAAGCAUGGAUGAAGGAUCAUGGUUGCUCCGUCGAUGGCAGGUUGGCUAACCAGCUCGAUACGUGGAAGUCGGAAGGCAAGAGCGUCGUCCUCCUUGCAAUUCGUGAUGAGUCGGCCGAUGCGCCUGCUUUCUCCUUGGUCGGUCUGUUCGCUAUCGCAGACCCGCUGAGGCCAGAGGCGAAGAGCGUCAUCGAGCAUCUGCAUAACCAGAGCAUCGGAACGUGGAUGAUCUCCGGAGACAACGAAACUACCGCUAAGGCUGUGGCUCGGAUGGUCGGCAUACCGGAGACUAAUGUCAUCGCUGGUGUCCUGCCACACGAGAAGGCGGACAAGAUUCGUUGGCUGCAGCAGGUCGGCAUGAAGAGACCUCAACCCUCGAUUAGGCGUCUCUUCGGCAAGCAGAAGCUGAACGAGCGCUGCGUCGUAGCCAUGGUCGGAGACGGUAUCAACGAUGCUCCCGCUCUCACUGCGGCAGAUGUCGGUAUCGCCAUUGGUUCAGGCAGUGACGUUGCCAUCUCCAGCGCGGCGUUCAUCCUUGUGUCAGCGAACCUAUACACACUGCUGACCUUGACCGAUUUGUCGCGCAAGAUCUUCAACAGGGUGAAGUUCAACUUCUUCUGGGCGUUGUUCUAUAACACUAUCGCUGUCCCCAUAGCUGCGGGAGUCAUCUACCCUGCCGGGAAUGCCAGGUUGCCCCCGGCAUGGGCGUCGCUGCUGAUGGCUUUAUCAUCCGUCUCUGUGGUCUGCAGCUCGCUUGCGCUGAGGCUGUAUAAACCCCCGGCAGCCGCACUUGCAUCGUGA